GGGCUGGGAUCUCAGACUCAGGGCUGGGAAAUGGUUUCGUUGCUACUUCAUGUGCGGCGCUAGAGUUGAGCCACGCCGUCUUAUGCAUUCUCAAUUCUCAAUCUCAAUCUUGCGUAUGGAAUUUAUUCUGAAUCAUCUUCUUCCCUGUGAUUUCUACUUGUUUAGAACUUAGGAGCGCCAUACCAUUCCCACGCAUGGUGUAGCUUCUCUACUCAAUGACCCUCUGCAUUAGAGCUUCAAAAACCAUAGCUACCACAGCUGCUGCUUCAUACCCCUUCUCUUUCAAGGUACGCCUCCUCCUCCCCUUCUCUUCCUUCCUCCAUCCCUGCACUCUAAACAACACCAUAGCCACCUUAUCGGAAACGCAUUACAGAGACCUUAUCUUUCACACAAUUGAGGAAAAGCCCUGGGCCUUUUCCAACAAUAACUGGGUCUCCGAUCAAUUUGGUGCCGUGAUAAUCGACCCUCACUUGUUUAUUCGAGUCCUUGAUUCCAUUCGGAUCAGACCCAGAGUUGCUUUGCGUUUCUUCCGAUGGGUCGAGGCCCAACCGGAUUUUAGGGGAUCAGAGUCUGUGUUCUGUGCUAUUCUUGACAUUCUUGCUCAGAACAAUUUGAUGAGUUCGGCGUAUUGGGUGAUGGAGAGGGUGGUUAGCAUGGAAAUGCACGGAGUUGUCGAUGUUUUAGUUGCUGGGAACGUGUGUCUAGAAGCUUCAAUUAGGCUUCUCGAUAUUCUACUAUUGAUAUGCACGAAGAAAUCAAUGGUUGAUGAAUGCUUGUUGAUUUUUGAUAAGAUGGUUCGAAAUGGCUUAUUACCUGACGUGAGGAACUGUAAUAGGAUUCUCAGGGUUCUAAGAGAUAAGAAUCUCGUGUAUAAAGCUAAAAUUUUGUAUAGAAUGAUGGAACAGUUUGGGAUUAAGCCAACUAUUGUCACGUAUAAUACUAUGCUGGAUUCAUUUUGCAAGGAAGGGCAAGUACAUCAGGCUUUAGAGCUGCUAUUUGAGAUGCAAAAGAGAGGGUGUUUCCCUAAUGAUGUAACAUACAAUGUGUUGGUCAAUGGGUUGUCGAAGAAAGGUGAGCUUGGACAAGCCAAGGAACUUAUUGAGGAGAUGUUGAAUUCGGGACUCAGUGUUUCUGCAUACACAUAUAAUCCUUUGAUCUAUGGUUUUUGCAAGAAAGGAUUGUUUGUUGAAGCAUUAAAUCUUGUGGAAGAAAUGGCGAAUAGAAAAGCUUUCCCUACUUUGUCAACUUAUAAUACUCUGAUGUAUGGCCUUUGUAAGUGGGGACAAGUCAAAGAUGCUAGGCGGUUUUCUGAUAUGCUAAAGAGCAAUUUUAUGCCAGACAUAGUUUCGUUCAACACCUUACUGUAUGGUUACUGUAGGUCUGGGAAUAUAAGUGAGGCUUUUCUAUUGUUUGAUGAAUUGAAAUGCAGGGAUCUCAAACCCACGGUGGUAACAUAUAAUACACUUAUAUAUGGUCUUUGUAGGUUGGGUUACUUGGAUGUUGCUUUGCAGUUGAAAAAGGAAAUGAUCGAUCAAGGGUUAUUCCCUGACAUCUUUACGUAUACAAUGCUGGUUAAUGGGUCUUGCAAGAUGGGUAAUUUAUCAAUGGCUAGAGGGUUCUUCGAUGAGAUGUUGUGCAAAGGGUUAAAGCCUGAUCGUUUUGCAUAUAUUACUCGAAUAGUAGGAGAAAUGAAGCUCGGUGAUACAUCGGUAGCAUAUAGCAUGCGAGAAGAAAUGUUGGCAGAGGGCUUCCCUCCAGAUGUCAUCACUUACAAUGUUUUUGUGCAUGGACUUUGCGAACAAGGCAAUCUUGAAGAAGCUUGUGAUCUUUUAGAGAACAUGGUUCAUGAUGGUCUUGUUCCAGAUCAUGUGACGUAUACCAGUAUCAUUAAUGCUUUCAUGAAAAACGGGCAUUUGAGGAAAGCCAGAGAGGUUUUCAAUGAAAUGCUCAGCAAGGGGUUAGCCCCUUCUGUAGUAACAUAUACAGUACUCAUUCAUGCACACGCAGCUAAGGGAAUGCUGGAUUUAGCAUUUAUGUACUUCUCAAAAAUGCUGGAGAAGGGUGUUCCAGCAAACGUAAUUACAUUCAAUGCAAUAAUUAAUGGUCUUUGCAAGGCAAGGAGAAUGGACGAGGCUUAUAAGUAUUUUGAUGAGAUGGAAGAGAAAGGAAUUCUUCCGAAUAAGUUUAGUUAUACCAUUUUAAUAAAUGAGAACUGCAACAUAGAUUAUUGGGAAGAGGCUCUAAGAUUGUACAGAGAAAUGCUAGAUAGGGAAAUUCAACCUGAUUCUUUUACACAUAGUGUGCUUCUGAAGAAUCUACACACAGAUUAUAAAGUGCAUGCAGCACUGUGUGUAGAGAGUUUGACUCAAGGUGUUGAAGAUAAUGUAAAUGCCAAGUGAUGGUGAAGGCUUUGAAUUCUCAAGUUAGAGACUGAUGUAUCUAUUGUAUAUUUAUCCUAUCAAGCGAUGGUCAACCUCUUGAAAUUUUGUAGAAAGAAUUAACCUCAAAUGAUUCAUUAAGAUAUAAAUGCUAAUUGGUGGGUUGGAAGCUUUAUGGAUUGAGGAUGCAGUUCAUAAUUCCUUUUCUGAUCCAUUACUUUCUGCAACAGAGUUAAGCUGAAAUCAGUUUGUGUUGGAUUGGACAAAACACUGUUCAUACCAUGAGAUAUUUUAUGAAGAUUUUAUCUUCACUGCAUCAGGAGAGAACCAGCCCUCUCUAAGUGGCUUGGGGAGACUUUUGUUAAGCCCUGGGGCUCUUCUCCUCUUUGAAUAUCAGUUCCUUGUAAGGAUUUCCUUACAGCAUCUUGAAGUAAAGAAUGAGUUGAACAAUGUAGAGAAUGGGGCGUGAAACAUUUCUUGGAGGUACGCAUAGUGUUAUAGAAGUUGAUUUUUUUUCAUGGCUAAUGAGACAACUAAAAAGGUUGAGAUGAAGCCUCUUUAUAUUAGAUGAGCUUUGUAUUUUCUCUCACAAGUCAGAAGAAGAAUUUUGUAUGCUUUUUAUUGUUUCCAAAAAGAGAACAUAUUUGUAUGCCAUUGUUUUGUGAUUCUGGUGGCUAAUUUGAUUGUUGGUCACUGCUGACUGAAAAUGGUGAAGCCAAACUUGGACAUGAGUCUGAUAUGACUGCCUCCCUUCUUGUAUAGCACUUACAAGACCAGCUGCUCAUUAUUCACAUUCAAGCGAACAAGAUAGAUGGAUAAGUUGAUUGAUAAUAUUGUUUUUGGUAGCUCCUCUCUUAAAACAUGGGCGGUUUUGUCCUUAAAAGGGAUAGCUUGGGUGGCUUGGGGCUUCAAAAGGAAUAACCUUGAGGUCUACUCUUUGCGUAUGUAUGGGUAUGGGGACAAUGCACAUAGAGGCAUAAAGGCCAAAGGGCCGCUGACUCCUGGAUAAUAAAAAAAAAGGAAAAAAAAGGCCAGUUUUGCCCCCCAACUUUGUUAAUCAUGCAGCAGGUUGCCCCUUCAAACCAUUGUUUGGAUUCUCAGGUUCAUUUCUUCUGUCCUUAGUUUAAAGUUUUAGUUUCUGUAAUAUGCUCUCUCGCUCUCACAUUCUGUAAAAAUUCUCCUCCCUAUACAUACCCUCUUAAUAGGGGUAGCUAUUCUUAAUUAGCUGAUUGAGAUUUUUUUUUUCAAACAAAGCUAAUUGAUUUCAAUUCAUAUAUGUAAUAUGUGAAAUGUUGCAUUUUGAAACUGGAUUCAAA